AUGCCAGUGGUAAUCCGCAUCAACCGCGCAAAGCCCCAUUGGAAGGAGCUGCAUGAUGCUUUUGCACGAGAUUUACGCUGGCUAUCUUUGCCCUGGUUUCCACACGCAUGGCAGUGCAACCCCAAGGACUAUGAUGAUGCCUUGCGAACACAGUGCUCCAGCCUCAACAAGGCCUAUGCGCUCCGGUUCCAGGAAAGUGCUUCCUUGGUUCCGCCACUGCUACUGGAGGUGCAGCCUCGGGACUUGGUUCUUGACCUUUGUGCUGCCCCAGGCAGCAAGACGCUGGAGUGCGUGGAGCUCAUGCGGGAGGCCGAGGAGCUGGCUGAUGAUGCCGGGGUGGUCAUCGCGAACGAUGCUGAUGCUGAGCGCUGCUUUGAGCUGCUUCCGCUGGUAACCCGCAAGGCACGACACCCAGGCUGUGCCGUGGUGCUGGGCAGCGCUGCCAAGUACCCUGCACAGUUCCAAGGCCCUUCUGAUCAGCUUCUGUAUGAUCGCAUCCUGUGCGAUGUGCCCUGCUCGGGGGACGGCACACUGCGGAAGAGGUCCAUCUUGAGUGAGAUCUAUCUUGCAGAGGCAUUUUGGGGGGAGUUCCCAAUGUCUCUUCACAACAAGCAGCUUCAGAUUUUGUGCCGGGGCCUACAUCUUCUCAAGCCUGGCGGGCGGUUGGUCUACUCGACUUGUAGCAUGAACCCGGUUGAAAACGAGGCUGUCGUCACAGCUGCCCUGGCGCGAUUCAGCGAGGACAUUGAAAUUGCAGCUUGGCCUCUCCAAGCAUUCAUGCCUGCGCAGCAAGCUGCGAGAGCUGCCCAACGUGCUGCGCAUGAUGCGUGGGUGAUUCUGGGUGCUCAGGUUCCCGGUGCAGCAGCCGGGCUCGAGGCAGCCGGGCUUCAUGUGGCCCGGGGCCUCACAACCUGGCGAGUCCCAGACAAUCAAGGAGGCUUCUACGACUGCUGGGAAGAUGUUCCGGUCUCGAGCCGCAGGCCCAAGGGGAACCCCCACGAGAUUGACGGCUCUGGCUUCUUUGCUGCUGUCUUCGCAAAGAAAGUACACCGGUCCUUUCCGAUGGAGAUACAGAUGAAGCCGGAAGAUCUGCAGAUUCCCUGGAGAGCAAGGAAUGAGAACAACCGCUAUGUCGUUGUCCCAUCAGACAGCCCGGAUAUACGGUCGAUUGUGGAUUUCUAUGGCCUCCGGGAAAUUCCGAACCCACUGAUUGCCGAGUACAACACGAAGGGGAAGCUUACUCAGCUCAACAAAGUCAAUGCUGCUCUCUUGAAGCUUCUCAAAUGUCACCUCAACUGCAAGGGUUCUCCUUUGCUGGUGUCGGUUGGCAUUCCGCUUUUCAAACUCCUGGACGACAACUUCAUGACCAGCAUUGAGGUGCCUUCGCGAUGGCGCCCUGCCCUUGAAGGGGCUGCCCUACUGGCAUCGAAGAUGACAAAGCGCCGCAUCCAACUGAAACCGGACUCGAUGAGGCAGCUGCUGUCGGCGAGACUGCUGCCAAUGGAGUCUCUGCUGAGGUUAGCAGAAACUGGCGACGUGGAAGGUUUGGAAAGCUGUGAAGACAAGCUGGGUGGUGCGGUGGUUGGCACGUCCGACGGCUCUUUCUGGGCGCCCUGCAUCAUCACAGGCAAAGGCCUCGAGCUUUAUGCCAGCAUCGAGGAGCUAGGUGAUCCGCGGCCAACGCUUCUGCCCACGAAGAGGUUUGUGGUCUUGGACAAGCCAAGUGGCCUUCGCACUGAGGACGCGCUCCGCUUUGCAAAGGAGCUGAGCUCUGCUGCGCAGCUGGUGUCCCGCCUUGACAAGGACGGGUGCCUGUCCCCAAAGUGCUGCGCCGCGCUGCCGCGUCCUGCACCAAAGGAGACCAGCGGCUGCCUCCUCAUCCCAUUGACUGGCACAUGUGCUGAACUCUUCACAAAGCAGUUCGCAACCGCGGAGGCAAGACAGCAUGGUUUCCAUGGGGGGCUCUUCCAGUUUGAAGUUGCAGACAACCCGGUGUGGAAAUGCUACGUGGCACUGGUGGAGGGUUCUUUAUCCUCCAAGGGUGAGGUCUGUGCCCCUUUGGGGCUCCUGGAAGUGGGGGGCGGCAACCGCUACAAAGCUUUUGUCGACCCAGAGGGCAAGGAUUUCAUUGAUGUCCUGGCCCCCCUGGCCCCACUGGGCACAGACGCACCAGAUUGGCAGCGUCGGGUCGCUAUCGAAGCGCUACAGCAAAGUGAGUUGAAGAUCAGGUGCCGGCCGGCUGUUGCUUGCAGCUCUCCAGAGCAGGGCAUGCAGCAGCCAACUAGGUGCGAAAUUGCAGGCCUGGGCCAGAACAGACGUGACACCAGCGCCUUCAAUGUUGCCUUUCUUGUCCACGAAGGUGGGCGGAAUCUGGCCCUGUCUCUGCCUCACGGCUCCUGGCAACUCCAGGCAGCAGGACCACCCGCAUCCACGAUGGACGUGUUGGGUUACGUGAAGCCGCUACCCAAAGGCUUCGAAAAGAGAAAAAUUCGUGUUGGGAAGAGGCCGCGAGUCCUCGAGCUCCGGCGCGUGCGGCUUCCUCCAGGCUGGGCAGCGCUGUCCGUGAAGUCGGAGGGCGGUCGUUUGGUGGUAACGGAAGUCCCGAAGGCGUGCUUUUCUUCUGAAGCUUUUGGAGCGGCUGCGGCCCCACAGGUGGUGAAUGUUGCACCAGGUGAUGAGAUUGUCGAGGUGAAUGGCUUUACUUUGGCCAAGCUAACCGACCGCAUCACAUCUCCGGGUGGUGCACUGAACACCUGCCAAGCCCAUACUCCUGGCAGCGUGGGCAAGCUGCAGUCACCUCCCUGCAUUUCCUGUGACUUCGUCCGUCGGCAACGGGAUUUCGGUCUGGACCUAGCACUCCAGAUGUGGCUGCGCGUGGUUAAGCAGGACAUGCCAAUCACUUUGGGUGUUCGCUGCCCUCCUGCAUCACAAAAUGUCUUGCCAGCAAAGAGGCGAGCCUGCGCAGAAGUGUCUCAGCCAGAGCAGGAGAACAGUGCCACGCAGACUCCAGUGCAGGAGUCCGGUGAGCCCAAGGCUUUCGCCCGUUACAACCCGCUGAAGCCAGCAGCUUCCGCCACAGCAGCCCCACUUGGAGGUGCACGGCCGCGCCAGGCUGAGCCUCUUCGUGGGGCCUUGACGCGGCUUCCUGGCGGCUUGUGCUACGAAGAGCUGCCGCCCAGAGGAGGCGUACCAUGCGGCGCCGAACAGGCCGCGCUCGGUCAGGAGGUGGAGCUCAGGCUUGCUAUUUCCACAGCUGGCAGCAAGCCCAAGGUUGUAGAGCGUGCGCAGGUGCAGUUUACUCUUGGUGCGCAUGAUGUGAAGGAUGGCUGGGUAGACGGGAAUUUGAACAUUGAGGAGGUUCUGUCUGCCUGGGCGCCAGCCAUGCUGGGCAUGCGCACUGGCCAGCGGCGGCGCUUGCAGGUGCCCGGACGGCUGGGCUUCCGCGACGGAGGGGAGGUCCUGCCAGACAAAGCGGAUGUGAACGUUGAAAUAGAGUUGAAGAAGUUAAGAUAG